GUAGUGCUAUAAUGUGAUUAUAUCAAGCGGGGAGUGUCAUGUCUUUGGGAUAAAAGACAUCAUUUCAUAAGGUUCAUAUUUCAUAAGUUAAUAAGUCAGUUAAAAGUAAUAAAUAAAUAAGUUAAUUCAUUGGUAAUUAAAUACGUUUAUUUCAUGUUACCAAACUGUUAAAAAUAUUUGGGUAAGGUUGUCAGAGUGGGACAUCUUCACCAUUAAGGAUCGUUUUGUUUUUCGUGCAGAGUGAGCGCUCUUAUGUUACAUAUGAUCUUUGACGUUUUUCUCCGCACAAAUGGAGCAGUUUCACGGCAGAAGUCCGUAUAACUUUCUUGUACACGCUGAUUUUGUUUCUAACGUUUGAACCUUGGCAAAUUUUCGUCUUUUUACUAUAUUAAUGUAUCACCACAUGCAAGAGACCUCCAUAAAACAAGAAAAGUACGCCUUGUGUACGGAGCUUUCUUUAUUAGUUCGCUGGCUGUCUAGCGUCACCCAGUCACGUGUCGUGAGGACAGCACACAGGCUCUGGCAUAUACACAGAGGCACAUGGCAUCUUUCAACAAUAGAGACAAGCCAAUUAAAAUCUGCUGAUUGCUAUGGUGAAAUUUCACUAUGAAGAGGCAGGGCUUUUUGAUUUUGAACAGGUCAAGUCAAAUAUGUCUGUUUCCAUUAUUAAGUCAUUUUAGAUUAACAUAAAUACUUGUCCACUUUAUGCACAUGAUUCUUGUUUGUGCUUCAGAGAGAAUGUGACUGAGUCCCAGAGGAGCCACAUGGAGGUGCAGGAAGGAGACGCUCAGUUACUCCGAGACGAACUCAAGAAGAAAGAGGCGGAGUUUGAGGAGAGAGAGAAAGCUUACGUUUUCAAACCCAACGUGGGCGAGGAGGAGGAGACGGAGGAGUUCAGUGAGAGCCUCCAUCUUGAGCCCGGGGAGAAUGUUCUGGAGCUUCAGAUCUCCAAUGUGUCCCUGUCUCCCUCUGCUCUCCAAUCUCUAUCGGACCCAGAGCCCUACACCUUCUGGGCCUACACCCUCCACCUAUGUGACCUCCACUCCACCACUUUCGUGAGUGGCCGUUGCCCACGCUACAGCUUCACCUCUCGGUACGUGGUGCGGAUGGACCAGGCAUUUUUGGACUGUAUGAUCCAGAGCACGGUGACUGUGAAGAUGUACCAGGUUCCUGGGCUGGACCAGACGACCAGACGUCUGGCUUCGGGACAGAUCCGUCUGCAGCCUUUGACGGAGCAGGAGGGGAAAAUACAUGGGACCAUUCCUCUCAUUGGUGGAGGGCAACAGUCACAGAGCAGCAUUCAGGAGUCUGUUGAGCUGAAAAGCCCAUCCGGACUCCCUGCGGGGCACAUCCAGCUCUCUCUGAAGUGGAAGCUCUCGUACAUGCCUCCUCUAGGGUCAAAGGUUACAGUGGAGGAGCCCAAAUUCACCUCUCAACCCAGAGUGACCGAGGAGGAAAUCCAAGCUGAAACCAGCAGCCAAAUCACCAGAACUGCCAGAGUGCUGCCCCCUGCUGGUGACGAGGAGGAGGAAUCGUCUCAUUUCUCUGAAGGACAGAUCCUGGCCUCCAGCUCUCAGUCCGACGACUCAGACCAGAUCUCAGACCACAUGGAGGGUACAGUCAAAACAUGCAUAUAG